GGGGUGGGCGUUGAUUUGGACGCCGCCCUACAUGCCGUCCUUUCAACCGAUCGAGCUUUUUUGGCAGCAUGGUAAGCAGUACGUCAGCCUUAAGUUUGAGUUGAAGCGACAGAUGCGGGAGGUGUGGGUGCAGAUUCGUAAAGGUUGGUACGGGGACAAGGCAUGGCCAGGCCAGGAGGGGGGGUGGAAGGCAGCCAAUUGUUCGAAGCUGGUUGACCACGCCUGUGGAGAGAUGAAUAAGUGGGUCAAGGACCGUGAUGGAGUGCUUUCUGGUACGAUAGGCAGUCUCAUAAAGCCGGACGGGUACGAUACAGAUGAUGUGUCGCCCGUGGGUGAUGUCUAGGAAGGGGUAGGAGAGCAGAUCCAGCAGGAAAGCGCAGAAAGAGGUGAUGGCAGCGACGAGGUUGAACCAUGAUGGGAUUUUUUUCAGCCUUGUGAUCAAUUGCUACACCCAUGCACUAGGUGUGCCAUGUUUCAACAGUACACAUAUGUGAUUGCUGUGCGCGGGGGGUUGCGUCCCUGCUUCCAGCUGCCGCAGUUGUUCUUGAAAACAAAAAAAUCAAAAAUAAUCAAAUGUCGACAAGUUUUACCCCGGAUGCAGCUUGCCACACGUCAACUGGAUUCAUGUUUUAUCUUCUUGCGUAUUGACCGCCUUCGUCAUGGAAGCGUUUUGCGCUACUGUAUGCCGACAGGCGCUUAAAAAUGUUAGUUACAGGCCGAGAAGUGGGGAUACCAAUGUUGGCCGGAUGUUGCUGGGCAUUUUUUCCGAUUUUGAAUCUCUGCUGAGGUGUAGGAGUUGGUAUUGCAGCGGGUUUGAGAACAGGCAUUGAUGGGCCAAUGUGUAGGCGAAAACACAAAAGUGAGAAACAAGAUGAGCAAGCACACGGGCAAGGAACGCGGGAGGGUUGCCAUUGAAAAAGCGUGUCGCAGGAAACAUUCCCAACUGCGGUACCCCCCCCCCCGCCCUUGACCUGAAGAAUAGACUAAAUAGGGAUUCCUUGUCUGCCUUGUCGACAAAAGACCAAUUUGUUUGCAUCCAACAGCCGUUUAAGGAACCCAAUUAGUGUCGAAAUAUCUAGCUUGCAGGCAUCACGUUGCGCAAGACACGAUGCAACCACCGAUUACACAGUGCAUGUCGGACAAAUAGCUCAUCUGGCGAGGCAAACCCCUGCUCACUAAAACCGAGCCG